AUGAAUCCACUCUCACUCCUCUCGUGUGCCAUGGCUGUUGCCCCUCUUGCACAAGCUGCCCCUCUUUUUGGGAGCAACUGGCUCACUGAUAUGAGUAAGCUGCACAAGCUCUCUCGUCGAGUCUGGAACCAGUUCCCUGAGAACUGGAACUCUAGCAGCCCUGCCGCUGCUUCCUCUGGGGCUAGUUCUGGCAACUCCUCGGCCGUAUACCAGAUUCUCGUGGUUACCAACUCCAUCACUGUCACCAAGUACACCACGGUUAGUGCAGGUGCAACUCCAGCCCUGGAUGCAAAUGUGGUCUCAGCUUCGCCUGUCACCACUGUCAAAGCCGGCACCCAGACUCCGCUGACGGCCCAGCAAACUGGUUCGCAGAAUCAGAAUGCUAACACACCUGAUCAAAAGGCUAGUACACCUAGCCAGAAGACUGGCACUCAACCUGGUCUGAAAUCUCCUGGCUCUGAUCAGAAAGCUGCUAAUGCGAAUCAAAAUACCCCCAACAAUUCUAACCAGAACUCUCCUGUUUCACCUGGUCAGAACGCUCCUGUUAAUUCUCAGAAUGCCCCUGCUUCUGAUGAUAUCACGGUCACCAUCACGCAAACCAUCGCUACCUCCGGCAGCAAUCCUACCAGCAGCUCCAAUGCUAUCCCCACCACCUUGACCCCGGUGUACAGUUCCCGCAACACUACCUCAGUCAAUAACUCGACCUCGAGCUCUGUUCCUGGCUCCCCUGCUCGUUCCAACGGUACUGACCUUUCUUGGACAGCUGCUAACGCCUCUGCUCCUGCUAACGCCUCUGCUCCUGCUAGUGAGCCCUCUAGUUCUAUCUCUGCCCGUUCCCCUAUCUUCGCCCGUUUCUUGGCUGGAGUUUCGAAAUUGGCACAAGCCGCCUCGAGCAAUGCUGCGUCUUUGACUGGAGCAUCCUCAAGGGCUGUUUCUUCCGGUUCCUAUUUGCUUUAG